AUGGCCAACUUCCUCGCCUCCAUCUUCGGAACCGAGCAGGACAAGGUCAACUGCUCCUUCUACUACAAGAUCGGCGCCUGCCGCCACGGCGACCGCUGCUCCCGGAAACACGUCAAGCCCUCGUACUCGCAGACCAUCCUGCUGCCCUCCAUGUACCAGAACCCGGCCCACGACCCCAAGAACCGCCUGACCCCGGAGCAGUGCGCCAACCACUUCGACGCCUUCUACGAGGACCUGUGGUGCGAGCUGUGCAAGUACGGCGAGCUCGAGGAGCUCGUCGUCUGCGACAACACCAACGACCACCUCAUCGGCAACGUCUACGCCCGCUUCAAGUACGAGGACUCGGCCCAGGCCGCCUGCGACGAGCUCAACAGCCGCUGGUACGCCGGCCGCCCCAUAUACUGCGAGCUGAGCCCCGUCACCGACUUCCGCGAGGCCUGCUGCCGCCUCAACAGCGGCGAGGGCUGCGUGCGCGGCGGCUUCUGCAACUUCAUCCACCGCAAGAACCCCACCCCCGAGCUCGACGCCGAGCUGACCCUCGCCACCAAGAAGUGGCUGAAGGAGCGCGGCCGCGAUGCCAAGAGCGUCACCAGAAGUCCCAGCCCCGAACCCACGAGGAAGAGAUAUUAG